GCUGCUGAGGGCAGUUGGCUCAGUCCACAGCGCGAGCACCAUGCCCGCGACUCUGGGUUACUGGGACAUCCGCGGGCUGGCUCACGCCAUCCGCCUGCUGCUGGAAUACACAGACACCAGCUACGAGGAGAAGAGAUACACGAUGGGGGACGCUCCCGACUAUGACAGAAGCCAGUGGCUGAAUGAGAAGUUCAAGCUGGGCCUGGACUUUCCCAAUCUGCCCUACUUAAUCGAUGGGACUCACAAGCUCACCCAGAGCAAUGCCAUCCUGCGCUACAUUGCCCGCAAGCACAAUAUGUGUGGGGAGACAGAAGAGGAGAAGAUUCGAGUAGACAUUUUGGAGAACCAGGCUAUGGACAUCUCUAAUCAACUGGCCACAAUCUGCUAUAGCUCAGACUUUGAGAAACUGAGGCCAGAGUACUUGGAACAACUCCCUGGAAAGAUGAAGCUCUUCUCUGAGUUCCUGGGGAAGCAGCAAUGGUUCGUUGGUGACAAGAUCACCUUUGUGGAUUUCCUUGCUUAUGAUAUACUUGACCUGCACUGUGUAUUUGACCCCAAGUGCCUGGAGGCCUUCCCAAACCUGAAGGACUUCAUUGCUCGCUUUGAGGGCUUGAAGAAGAUCUCUGCCUACAUGAAGUCCAGCCGCUUCCUCCCAACACCUUUAUAUACAAAGGUGGCCAUAUGGGGCAACAAGUAGGGAGUUGAAAGGGCAGGAGAUGGGAGUGAGGAGCUCAUUCUCUUCCUGCUACCAAGGCCCAGCCUGACCAUCUUGCCUGUUGGUGGCUGUGUCUGCUUUGAGGAGCUGGGUCAUAAUCCUUUCCUUGGAGCUUGGGCAUACCCCAGUCUAGAAGACUAGUAUUGCCUUGUGGGCAGCCCUGUGCCCCAGUGAGAUCCUGGGCUUGAAUGACCAGAACUGCCUGGUGUGCAGAGCCUGUUCUCCAAUGCAGCAGCUGCCCCGGUCCUGCCUGAUCCCCAGUAAAGUCUGAACCACA